CUCGACGCGAAAGCACGAGCCGGGAGGUGCUCACUUUACAACCUGCGCCAUGGGUGGCGGAUCGCUGUUUCAAGUCGGCGAAGCUGUCGAGUUUUGGCGGGUAUUAAUACAUCUGAGUAUCUUAGCCUUCUGUCUCGUCCUCUUCGAGGCUGCUCUCCACCACGUGGAGCACAAACUCUCUCGAUAUGACAAGUACCAGCACAUGCUUCGCAAGGCGUAUCGAGAACUCAUGAUCCUCGGUUUAUUGAGUCUCGGACUCAAACUACUCAAGGAGGUACCGGGUAUUCACGCUGACAGUAAGACCAUGCUGGCGUUCCAGGUAGCUGACCUUACCAUCUUCAUCCUGGCUCUCGCGUUGAUUCUCCAAGCCAUUAUCGUCUUCUCGCAGCUACGCAAGCACAAUAAGGUGGCCGAUCGAACCGAGUUAAUCACUGCACAAGACCUGGUUGAUGCUAUCAGUCCCCCAGCCGGUACCCCUCCUACCGCAGCACAAACCCAAGUUAACGCGUCGAAAUGGUUCUCGAAAAGCACAACUGGAUUCGAGAAGGAGAUCGUGGAGCGUCGACUUUUGCGUCACCUAUUUCUCCGUCGUUUUGGGUUACCACAGCUCUUCCCGUUCUCCAAGUACUUGCGUCGGGCUCAAGCUAACCAGAUCUCACACAUGAUCGAAGUGGAGCCGUCGAUGUGGGUGCUUUUACUUGCUGUGGCGUGGGGGAUCUGUGGCGCUCUUGGCAGUCUAGAAGAACUGGACUUCGAGCUUCCAGAAGGCCACGAACUCGUCGAAGUCUUCGUGGUAUUCGCCUGGGGAUUGGUGGUCGUUCAUAUCGCUGUAUUACUCUACUUCCGCUCCUGUGUAAAUCAACUUCUGAAAGCGGCAGGCUACAGUGACAACCAACCUACACUAGUAGAUAACCUCCGUGCUAUCGCUGAAGAGGAGACUGCAGCGUGGAGAAACGAAGCAGCAGACAACGCUUUAGACACGAUGAACAGAGUGCAAGAAGAGCUGGAGGAGAUCGAAGACCGUCGAAACGCCGACAGACACGUGCUUCUCCGGAAAGACGUUGGACUGCAACUAAUGGCAACCUGUUGUCGCAAUAUCAACCAACUGGCUGAUCCAAAGCUACGCACCGGUCGAGCGCCAAGUGGCGUGCAGGCUGGAACGCCAGAUAUCCACGUCCGGUUCUUCUCACGCAAGGCUUGGCAUGUGGGGGUCAUGUUUUUACUGAUCCUCAACGGCUUUUUCAUCGCUCUAAUGAUUCAAUGUGCCGUCUACGACUUGGACGAUAUCUACGAAGAAUUCGGGCUGGCUCCGGCGAUUAUGGUCCCGCUUCCCCUUAUUUUAAACACUUUUGUGUUCCAGCAGCGGAUGUUCCGUUAUUUCGUGAUGGUUUGCAGUAUUCUUCGCGUGGAUGCCAAUACAUUGGGUGAAGUGGUGAACCAUUUCAGUGAAAUUGUGGAAUUACGAUCGGAAUUCGCGAGCUCGUUGCUGGACUGUCUGAAGGAAGGAGACUAUACGCUUGUUGAUCUGCGUCGAGAGCUCCACGCGUACGACCCUCGUCAAAGUGGUAUGAUCGACGUUGAUAAACUUCGAGGGGUUCUGUCAGCGUUCGGCUUUCGGUUGACGCGAUUCCGCUUCAACAGCGUCGCUAUGAUGCUGUUUGAGCUCAACGGAACCAAGGUAGAGUAUGGACAACUGCUUCGACUAUUGACACUGGCUCAACAGGAGACUCCGAGUGAGAAUUUGGCCGGAAGCCAACGGCGCCAACAUCCGCUAUUGCAGCGCAGUCAGACGUCGUUCGAAGACGCAGGACACUCCAGCUUGCGUGUGAACCACUCGAACGCGCUCGGUACGGGCCGACAGGUGCCUUUGCUGCCCCAACCAAGUUUUGGAUCGGAGCCUCGACCGAGUGACUUCGUGAACGUGAGUGGUUCUGGUCUGCGGCGACUGUCGGUAACAAGAGCGUCGGAUACUCAGAAAGCGGACAAUAACCGGACACGUGCACCGAUGCUCGAUCGUAGCUACACCCAUCAGUUCGCUGGCUCCAGCUCUCGAGCGCUACAUGAUAUGUACAACAUUCGCAGAGAAUCGGGCUCCCACAUGGACAAUGUGCCCUCCGACACGGUGUACACGGUCUUGUAGACUUGGCUAGAACCUUAAACGAUGAUUAUAAAGCCAACUUUUUGUUCAGAA